ACAAGCCCGGGGGAUGACUUGGACCUCUUUUUCCACUGUUGGAUCCGUCCCAACUGUCCAUCAUGUCUGUCGCCGUCCAACCCGUAUCCGUGCUCAUGGUGCGCCACGUCCAUGACCUGCGUCCCUAAUACCGUCUACCCAUAUCCGUUCGGGAUCCUGUCGCCGAUCAAGUCCGCUGACAUAUGUCCGUUGGGAUGGCGGGAGAGGUGGGAAAUGCGGGCUCGUCCGUUUGAUUGCCGAUGCUCGAGCAUGACGUUCAUCAGCGUUGUAGUUGCUAUUGUGGCUACGUUGGGCGGUGUGCUUUUGAUAUGGCUGGGCAUUCGCUUCGGACAGUGGAUAGGGAGGAGAUGGAAAAGACGC